AUUACUAAGAUCUUGGAAUGAAUCAUGAUAUUAUGAUAAUAAUAAUAUUAUUGUACUUCAUGGAUAAAAGCAUAAAGAUCUGAGAUAGCUUUGUAUUUAGCAAGCGCCAAGCAUACAUAAAUUGUUGUUAUAUUAUCAAUUAUUUAUCUUUAAAUUUUGUAAAAAUAAAUAAACGAUUUAAAAUUUUGAAUUUCAAUUUUCUAUCACUUACAUUAGCUGUUAAGAAUUUCAAGUUUUUAAAUUUUAUACUGCGAGUUUAUUUAAAUAAAACAUUUGUUUUAGUGUGACAAUUUUUUAGUCUACAUAAUUAUUUUAAACUAAUUUUUGAUAAUAUGUCUCUUAAAAUGAAAAAAUUCGAAAAAAUGAUCCGCGGAGAUCAUGUUCCUGAACAAAAAUCUUACGAUAAACAAGAAACCAUUAACGAGAUAAAGUUUAAUGAAUUAGAAGCUCUUAAACAACGCAUAUUCGUCAACUCGUUAAAUCAUAUCGAGGAUGAUGUUUUGAGAAAAAAGUGCUCAGAUAUAACUACUCAUUAUAGACUUUUUAAAGACGAUGAGUCGCAUUAUAAAAUAAAGGAGUUUUCAGAUGGAGAAAAAGAUAAAUUUGAUAAAUGCAUUGAAGAUUGUAUAAAAAAAGAGUGUGCUCUGAUUACAAAAGAAAAAGAUUCUGUUCCCGCAGAUUUGUUAAAGUUAAUUGAAUCUGAACCAGUUAUGCCAGAUACUAUUAAAAAUAAACUAAAUAAUAUGUUGACUCUUUUGAAUAAAUAUACAAGUAAUCAAAAAGAGAUACAACAUUCUAUACUUACAUUAUUAGAUAGUAGCUAUAUCAAUAUUUUAGAAGCCCAAAAUUUAUCAAAAAAAGUAGAUGCUCUUAAAGCUAAUUCAAGUAAGUUGCAGAGCGAUAUUAUUAAUAAAUUUUCUUGCUCAAAAGAAUUAUUUGAUUCAUUGGAAAAAUACUAUAAUGCUAAAGUAAAAACAUAUGAAUCAGAUUUAGCUAAAUUUGAGGAAUUGCAGAAACUACAAGAUAAAUAUGAACUAGUAGAUGGUCCACAAUUUAAAGAUUUAGUUAAAAAAUUUAAGCAAACCCAGGAAAUUAUUAAAAUUAAAACAGAAAUGUUAAAUAGUUACUAA